AGUAAAGUAAAGAAAGAAUCAAGGAAAAAUUAAUGCAAAUAAAAUAAAAAAUAUAAGAGAAAAAGUAUUAAUAAAUGUUAAAAAUCUUAAAUACCUCUUAAAAGUCAUUAACAUCUAAAUAAUAGCACACAUAAAUUUACAAAUCCAUGAAAUUUAAAUAUAAACAAGUAUCUUUAAACAAAAAUCAGGAAUAAAUCCCAUCAGCAUUUAAAUACAAAUACUAAAUAAAUAUUUAAAAAAAUCAAAAAGUAAGUUGACAUUCACAUAAAAAUUAAUAUAAUUCAAAAACAUUCAACAAUAAAGGCGAGAAAAAAUCCACAUAAAUCCCCAAAGAACCCAAUUUUCAAAUAUACAGCACCAUGACCUUAGAAAUCGACACCCAAAAGAUAUGCGAUCAGCUGGAGGGCACUGAUCGCCGGCAGAAGACCAAGGCUUUGGAGGAGCUGCGUGAGCUCUUGGAAAAUACCGCCGUGAGCACCGAGGAGAUGGCCGCCAGCUUCGAUGAGUUGUACCUGCACCUGUUGAAGUCCUACGACGAUCGCUUCGAGAGCGUUCGCGGUCAAGCCGUUCAGACGGUAAAUGCUUUUCUGAAGCGCCUGCCUCCCAUGGAUUUUCAUCUCUUAAACGUAGUCUCCACUUUGGCCGAGCGUAUGGGAAAAGCCGAGACAGUGGAGCCGAGUGAGGAGAUUCGCCUGAUCUACAUUGGCCAGCUGCACUUGAUGAUUUGCCAGUAUGCAAAGAUGGGCAACGUUGGCGUCUUCCGGGAGUGCUAUCCCCAGGUGACCAAGAUCCUGAUCAAGUCCAUCAAGGAUGACUAUCCGCUGGUGCAGCGUGAGGGCUGUGCUACGUUUGUGGAUCUCGCCAAGGUGGCUGAUACCCAGGAGUUGCGUCCGUUUACCGAAUCUCUGGCCGUGGCUCUUUAUGGAAUGCUAAAUCACAAACAUGCUCCGGCCAGAAUCUCGGCCGUGGAGGCUAUUGGACGACUGAGUCUUCACAUGGAUGCCAGUGGUGAUGGCAUGCGGAGGCUGUUCAACGAGGUCUCUCCCCUUCUGAUGGACACCAUGCCACUGGUUCGUCGCGAAGUGGGUCAGAUGGGCAUACUUAUGCUGCUGGAAUUACUGGAUCGUUACUCCUUCUUUGAGAGAAUCUUGCCACUGGUUUUGUGCUGCCUAAAAGACGAUUCUCCGGAGGUCCUAAGCCAUAUUUAUCCACAGUGGCUCAAGUGCGGAGAACUGUACUACGAGGAAAACGAAGCCGAGUUGAGCAAACAGGAAAUAAGUGAUCUUCCUGUUGAGAAUUAUCCAGAGAAUGUGAAGCGCCCUACGAUAGGAUGUCGCGGAUUGGUUCAACGUUCUUUGAGAUUAUUGACACUGAUUACCCGGGAGACUAGCGAUUGGAAGGACAAUGUGCGUCUGCACGCCCUAAAGCUCCUCUAUCAAUUUGUCCUCCACGCCGAAUCGGCCAUGACAGCCAAGUUCUUUGAGAUCUACGGGGAUUUGGCCCAUGUCUGCAUUGAUCCAGUGGCCGAAGUCGCUGCAGAAGCUGCCAAGGUAUCGGAUUUACUGGGACGCCUGUUGAUGUACGAUGCUUGGAUUGACCACGGCUUUGAUGGUUUGGAACGUAAUGCCCGGGAGUCGUAUAUGAGAUGCUUCUACUACAUGUUCACCUCGGCCUUGGGUGGCACUUAUGAACAGUUGAAUAAGAUAGCUAAACUUCUUCGGAGCACCGAUUACUCGCACACCUUGAAGCCAGGUUUCCAGGAAUAUAUACUCAAACUUCUGGAUACCGUGCUGGAUAAGUCCCUGAAGAUUAAUGCUGGACAGGAGGAGCUGCAGGAGCUUUACGAAUCUGUUUAUGUGAGUGGCAUCAAGGUGAAUGCCUUGCAACAUUCCCUCUCUGAAGAUGUGAGCCAGGGAAAACUUCUGAUCGAAAGAAUUGCCAAACUGGAACAGAUUUCGGUGGGAAAACUUCAUGAACGUUGGUUCCAUCUGGCCCUGCUGGAUGUGGAGAAUCUGGAUGCUUCGUUAGAGGACACUGCUGAGCCUGUGAUGCUGCUAGAUGGUUUGAUAAAUAUUUGUCAUCUGCGAGCCCCCUAUAUGGCGGAUCUCAUCAAGAAAGUCCUGCUGGUCUUCGAGCAUUGUUGCGAUAGUGCCCAUGUCAAGGUAUUCAGUAGCCUGUCGAUGGCAUCGCUAAUUUGGUCAGAAACCAUGGGAAUAGAACGGGAGCAGAGCACUCAGGUACUGGCGGAGUUUGUCACCCAGAUUGUGGAACCCUAUCUGACCUGGAAGGCCGGUUCCAGUGCCGAGGCUAUGAGAUCUCUGGCCAUGGCCACUCUGUGUGCUCUGGCCCAAGGUGCAGAGUCAGAGGCUGUGGAAGUCCUUCCAUCCUUGGCCAAACAUAUGCCAAGUUUACUCGAAGAUCGUAAUGUAACCACACGUCAUUAUGCCAUCAAAGCUGUGGUUUAUUUUCGUGGAAUGUCCGUGGAGGACCUCAAACCAUUGGCCUAUGCCACCAUGCAACGAAUGGAUGAUCCUUCGGCGGGCAUACGCAGCCUGGCUGCCUUGGCUGUGGGUAAGCUGAAGCCCAAAUUCAAGGAGGAUUCCGAGGAGGAGUCGCAGCACGAGAAGGAAGUCUGGGAAUCCUUUGUCAAGCGAGCCAUGGAUUUGCUUUUGCUUUAUCACGAAAGCCCGGAAAAGGACAUCAAAGCGGCGGUGGAGAGAACCCUCAAGGAGCUGGCCCAAUCUCAUCCAGAGGCCUGGGAGGAGCGCUACAAAAGGGCCUUGGCUAUGGUUCAGAAGAAGGAUAAACUCAGUGAACUCUACGAAAAGUUAACCAUCAAAGAUGAAGCAAAUGAAGUUACUGAAUCUUAAGAUCUUAAUUUUGUUCUAAAAUUCUUAAAAGAUCUAACAAUCAAUUGAAAAUUCAAACGUUUAAGCCCAUUUCCCGUCAUUAUUUACAUUGUAAUUGGCUUCCAAUGACUUGUAUAUGUUCGAUUCCAAGUACUGUGAAUUAUUGUAAACAAAAACCAACGAAACUAUAAAGUAAAAUCUGUGUGCACUGACGAAA